UUUUUGUGAUUUUUGUUUUACUCUAUCUAGUUUUGCAUUUUAUAUCUCUUUGUAACUCCUGUAUUUUGUAAUUUUUGUAUUCUAUACAUAUUGUUGUUUCAUUUCUUUUGGUAUUUUAUAUUUUUGUAACAUCUGUAUUUUAAUAUUUUUGUAUUUUUUAUUUUUGUUUUAUCUUAUCUCGUUUUGUGAACUUGUGCGGAAAAUGGCGAGAAGAUUGAACAACCUUCGCCGUUUCUUCAGCGACCCUGACUUCCAAACCGAACUCAAUCUGCAGGAUAUCCGGAGGUUUCUGGUGUUCCUGUUAGAUGAGAGGGAGGUUGAGGAGUGCGUCACCUGCAACCGCCUUCGUUGCAGGUGCGCUCCAAGCUCGCCCCAGCCUUCCACCUCCGGGGCGAGACAAGGGUUCCCCCAGGCUCCACCGCCAGAAGCACUGCCCAGGCCACGCUGGGCAGUGUACAGAAGUCAUAGGAGACAAGCUCCAGAACCUGAUCCAGUUCUGGAGCGUCACUAUGACGAUCUUCUGCGGUGGGUGCAGGAGUCACACCCGGGGGUUACGCGCGCCGGCCCUGAUAUGACUUUCCCAAUGGACGGGUCAGUCAACAACGACAUAAAUAUGUCGUGGCCGGCGCACCAGAGGUCCAUCUGGUAUCAACCCCCUCGGGUGGAACCCUUGCCGGAGGCGCAUCUCGUCAGGGUCUACCGGCAGUUCUGCGAGUACUACCUGCACGUACUCGCAGAAAAUAAACCGCAGGGAGAUAGAGGUUAACAAUCAAGAAGAUUUAUAUAUUCGUGGAUUAUUAUGUUUAUAUUGUAUAUUUUUAUGUUUUAAUACCAUGGGACAUUAUUAUGAAACAUAAAGUUGUAAAUUGUAGUUUGUUUGUUUUUAAUUAUUGUAAAGAACAUAAUAUUUCAACACGGGGUACUAUUCUUUAGGGACACCAUCAGACGAGCUUAAAGUUGAUAACAAAAGUGCCUGAAGUAAUCAUCUCCGUGUAGAUUAACUUGAAUU